CGUGAGUAGAGCGGCCAAUGGGUGGCUGGUGCAGGUUUAACUAUGUUUAAUGUCAGAUAGCAAUAAAGUAGAAGCUGCCGGUCGGGCCCCGCGGAAAUGGGCGAGCAUAAUCUCCUGAAUCCUGGGUUUGUGGGGCCGCUGGUGAAUAUCCACACAGGAGACACCUUCUACUUCCCCAACUUCCGCGCGUCAGGGGCACAACUCCCGGGGUUGCCUUCGCUGUCCUACCCACGCCGCGACAACGUGUGCUCGCUGCCCUGGCCGUCGGCCGAGCCGUGCAAUGGCUACCCACAGCCCUAUCUCGGCAGUCCGGUGUCUCUCAACCCGCCUUUCGGCCGCACGUGCGAGUUGGCUCGCGUGGAGGAUAGCAAGGGUUACUACCGAGAACCCUGCGCUGAGGGCGGCGGCGGGGGCCUAAAGCGGGAGGAGCGCGGGCGCGAACCUGGAGCGGGACCCGGGGCAGCGCUGCUGCAACUGGAGCCGUCGGGGCCACCUGCGCUCGGCUUCAAGUACGACUACACGGCGAGCGGCGGCGGUGGCGACGGCAGCACGGGACCACCCCACGACCCACCCUCGUGCCAGUCACUGGAAUCCGACUCCAGUUCGUCCCUACUCAACGAGGGCAAUAAGAGCGCCAGCGCUGGUGACCCUGGCUCUCUGGUUUCGCCGUUGAACCCAGGCGGCGGGCUCUCAGCCAGCGGCGCGCCCUGGUACCCGAUCCACAGCCGCUCGCGAAAGAAGCGCAAGCCGUAUUCGAAGUUGCAGCUGGCUGAGCUGGAGGGCGAGUUUCUGGUCAACGAGUUCAUCACACGCCAGCGUCGGAGGGAACUCUCGGACCGCUUGAAUCUUAGUGAUCAGCAGGUCAAGAUUUGGUUCCAGAACCGGAGAAUGAAAAAGAAAAGACUUCUGCUGAGGGAGCAAGCUCUCUCCUUCUUCUAGGGAGCAGGACAUGCGUGCUAGCCCCAGACUAAGCUUGCCUUGGUGGAGCAAGAGGGGGCGCAGCCUGGGACAUAGUCCCGCUUACAACGCCA